CUACAGACAAACCGGUAUCAUGACUUCCAGAGUAAUGCUUGUACUUGUGAUGGCUUUGAACCUGCUGCAUAUAAACGCAGGUCUGCCGUCUAACUGUGGGUCCUGUUAUAAAAAACCGACCUACGUCAGCAGUACAACUGUUCUGGAAGCACAGACCUCCCAGUCAGAAGCAAUGUUUGAGCACGAACUUCAAGUUACCCCUGUCAAGGUCGACGUACAGGUGACACCGGAAGCCGACAUUCAGUCUAUAUUUCCAGGUUCUGGUUCUGCCCAACGGGACGACGACGAGAGCGACCCUUACGGAGGGGUUGUGUACAAGUACGACGAUGCGGUGGUGAAGGUGUACGUACCUAACAGGAGGGACGGAUUCUCUAACGGAUCAACUAUCUACACAGGUGGAAAUACUUGGUCCGGCCCCGUCAGGAUAAAGGAGAACAGGGCGAAAGUACGCGUGCGUGUCUGGUCGCCAAUGGACUUCCCUUGUCCCGACUACGUCACAACAGUUCCUAUACAAGUACAGGGUGGUCCAGGGCCACGGUCGUUCUUGGAGCUCGCCCAUGGGCUGGGCACAGUUCCAGAGUAUGUGACGGUCCAAGUCAGGCACGGCAGUUCUAAAUGGGUGUCGGAUGGAGUAGGAUAUGUGAUGACGUCAUCAAUGACAUCCAUGAAUACAUCAUGGGGCGGUGUAUUAUACGCAUACAAUGACAGUCAUAUCCGCGUCUGGAUUCCCAGUACUGAUUCCGGCACGUCCAUAUUUAUAUUCCAUUGGUUUAUUAUUGAAAAGGAAUAA